AGAGAGAAAGCAAAACAGAAAAAAGGAGGAAAAGCGUAAACUUGUGAAGCGCUUCAGUGACAGAGACACAGAGAAUUACAGAAGUGGUUACCCUGGCAAGGAGGAUGAUCCUGAGUUAAAUGACAAUGUCAGGUUUUACAAGGGCGAGAUUGCUUCCUCACCUGAUGGUGCAUUAAUAGAUGAAAUUCACAGUAGCUGGAAGGGAAAUUAUAGACUCUUGGAGCGGCACCAUGGUUACAUACAGUGGCUGUUUCCAAUACGAGAGAGUGGAAUGAACUGGCAAGCCCAACCUCUGCAGUUGCAUGAAGCAGAAGCAAUUAAAGCAGAUCCUAAAGCCAGUAAACGAGUCCUAGAAUCAUAUAAGCUGAUGUUGGACUUCUAUGGAAUGCAGCUAGUCGAUGAGAAAACUGGAGAACUGAAGCGGUCUCAAAAUUGGAGGCUAUGUUUUGACAACUUGAACUGGUCAUCCCACAAUUUUUUGCGGAUUACACGGAUCUUGAAAUGUCUUGGGGAAUUAGGAUAUGAGCAUCUGAAGAAAGGCUUCAUACAGUUUGUUCUGAGGGAAGCUUUAGAGCAUCACACAUUAGAAAAGACUUUGAGCAGCUGCCGGGACUAUUGGAUUGGCACCAUCAAAGACGAUCAAGACAGAGAGGAACUCUAUAACUUUAUUGACCAGUUUGAAUCUAAAAACUUCCGGUGA